GAAGAGAAACAUUAAAAUGAUGUGUGAUUUUUGUUGAGUUACAGAAUAUUAUAUAUACUUUUUUUCACUCUGUAUUCGCUAUAGACUCGUGAAUAUACUGUUUAAAGCUUUAGUGUUUUUGUAUAGCAAUAGUGUGUGUGUAGUCUAUAGGAGGGGUUUUAUGUGCCAAAUAAUAAUUUGGUGUUUUUUGUAUUGAGAUUUUUUUAUAUACAUAUUAAUAAAUAUCAUAAUGAGUGGUAAUAAAGUUUCAAGUUUCAACAAGAUCCAAUUGUCCAUAUUGAAUAGCGGUUUGAUACCGUUUGACCAUGAUGUGCACAGUGCCAUGAAAAUAGUGCCACAAAAGCCCAUAGACUUUGACACAUUCAACGCUCACAUUCAGCUCAUGAGGAAGUAUGAAGUGCUGCCGAAGAUUGAAUUUCAUUUUGCGUCAAAAAACGAGACGACAACUAAACACAGUACACAUCACGCCAUGAAAGAGGCCAACGAUCACAAGAAUACAUACCCCAAAAAAUGUCUGCCCUAUGACUUCAAUCGUGUGGUUCUGUCACACACUCCGGACGAACCCGAUUCCGAUUAUGUGAACGCAUCCUAUGUUGAUAGCAUAUUGAAGCCGAACGCAUACAUUGCCGCUCAGGGACCCAAUGAGUUCACUAUAAACGACUUCUGGAAACUCAUUUGGGAACAGAAUUCAAUGCUUAUCGUAAUGUUGACCAAAGUGUUUGACUUCAUACGAGUCAUGUGUUGCCAGUAUUGGCCGAUGGAGGAGAACAAGCCCGAGAUGUACGGCCAGAUUGAG